AUGAGAGAACUGGACCUCUGUGCAGAUCAGGAGCUUCAAGUGUAUCCUGGAUCACCGGAUCACCACCCAGGAGCUGUUCCUGACCUUUUUGGAGGCCCUACUGGAUUUAGAAUCCAGGCCUGUGUUGAACAAGACAAGCUGGGUCAAGCCUUUGAAGAUGCUUUUGAGGUCCUGAGGCAACAUUCAACCGGAGAUCUUCCGUACUCUCCAGAUUACAAAAAUUACCUGGCGUUCAUCAACCACUGCUCUCAUAUCAGAGGGAAUUCCAACUGCUAUGGUAUGCUGCCUGCAGAGGAACCUGUCUAUAAUUGGAGAACAGUAAUAAACAGUGCUGCGGACCUCUAUUUUGAAGGAAAUAUUCAUCAAUCUCUGCCAAACAUCCCUGAAAACCAGCUGGUACAACCUGCUGUUCUCCAUCAAAAGGGAGGAAAAGGCAGGAAGAAGCUUCGACUGUUCGAAUACCUUCAUGAAUCCCUGUGUAAUCCUGAGAUGGCAUCUUGUAUUCAGUGGGUAGAUAAAACCAAAGGCAUCUUUCAGUUUAUGUCAAAAAACAAAGAAAAACUUGCCCAACUUUGGGGGAAAAGAAAAGGUAACCGGAAGACCAUGACUUACCAGAAAAUGGCCAGAGCACUGAGGAAUUAUGGAAGAACUGGGGAAAUCACGAAAAUCCGGAGAAAACUAACUUACCAGUUCAGUGAAGCUAUUCUCCAAAGACUCUCGCCAUCUUAUUUCUUAGAAAAAGAGAUCUUCUACUCACCAUAUGUUCAGCCAGAGCAAGGGUUUCUCAGCCUCAGUAACUGGAAUGCAAAUUAUAAUUGUACAUAUGCUGAUUACCAUGAGUUAAGCCACCCUGACUGCUAA